UGGCUCAAGCUGCUGUGAAUUUGGAGUGCGCUAUCAAGGUGCUGUCAUGUCCUGCUGGCGCGGAGUGUGCCGUGUUUGUCGCGGACGUGGGCUCGAAUCUCCGGAGACGGAAAUUCCGCAGCAUGGCUUGGUGCAAAGCUCGCGUGUGAAGACCUUCGAUGCGGCACCUCCAAGUGCCAGCUACAACUUGAUGGAUGCCAUCGAGCGGCAAGAGGCGGCUGAGGUGGUCUCAAGGCGCCCACAAGGCUCUGAUCUUCAGGAUUUGAAGGAAGAUAUGGAGAAGUUUAGGAAAAGUAUGGAGAAGGCACAGAAGGAAACGGAGGAGGCAAAUCGCCCAAAAAGUGGACCCAGGGAAGCUCCGGGACGAUUUGAUUUUGUGACCGUGGAGGAUGGCAGCGGACACCGCAAACCGCAAAUGGCUGGAACAGUCAAAGUGAGAUAUGCCGUUGUCUUGGAGCGUGACGCCUCUUUGUUGGAAGCCAAAAGUGAUUUUGUGUAUGUCUUGGGGGCACAAUCUCAAGGUGUUGGCGAGGUCUGCUCCCAACUGCUAGAUGGGAUGCUGCUGCAGAUGCGGCGUGGCCAGGUGGCAUCAGUGACUCAUCCACUAAGAGAUCUUUUUGCGUCCGAUGCUCCAGUCAUUGCUCAACAUGGCCCAGAGGAGGUGGCAGUCUGUGAGGUUAGCUUGCUGGAGAUCUUUGUCUCCAAAGAUUGUUCCUUCAAGAACAGCACUGGUCAAGUCCUGAAGGAGGUGAUCAAGGAUGGAGCUGGCUCCUGGUGCAACAAUCCCUCAGAUGAAGGCUUGGCAGUUCUCCGGGUUGAGAAGAUUUCUACUGCGGAGGGUCGGUGCCUUUUCCCAGAACCUGGAGCAUCUCCGAUGGAGAUGUUUGUGAAUGUUGGAGAUGGAGAGGUCUGUGAUGCCUUGGAGUGUGCCGUGCUUGAAAUGCGCCCACACGAAACUGCCUUGGUGACCUGUACAGACCCUUCUUUCUUGGUUGGAGCACCGCUGGGUGAGAAGCCAGUGCCAAAGAGCUCUGAGUACACCUUACGUGUGACCCUGUUGGACUUCAAUCCUGGACCUGACGCCCCCUCCUUUGAUGAGGAGGACCGCUUGACAUUUGCUUUGAGAAGAAAGGCCGAGGCCAAUCGCCUCUUUAAAGAAGGCCGUUUUCGCCUGUCGAGGCAGAGGUACGAGGAAAUCUGCGAUUUGUUUCACCAUUUGGAUAUUCCAAAAGUCAAAGAUCGUUUCCUGGGCAAGUACGAACUGUGGCAAGAGUGCAGGAAACUACGACUGGACUGCCGUUUGAACAUUGCAGCCUGUUGCAUCAAACUACAGGACUCAUCAACGGCCAAAGAAGCCUGCGAUUUGGUUUUGAAGCAAAUGCCAGAGAAUACAAAGGCAUCGUAUCGACGAGCGCAAGCUCAAAUGCAGCAACGUGAUUUUGUUGAGGCAUGCAAAGACCUAAGGCGUCUACUUGAUAUUGAUCCUACCAUCCAGGAAGCUCGCCGCCUCUGGGAGAAAGCAGUCAAGCAAAGAAAGGACGUGGAUCAGCAGCAGAAGAAGGCUCUGAAGUAUGAUGCGAUGUGCCGAAAAAUCCUGGAUGAUCGUUCCGACAAGUUCACCCUGGACAAUGCACCUACGUUCCAUGAUGACCCUGAGUACCAUCAAGGUCGCCCAGUCUGUGAAUCAAUGAAGCUUGGAAAGGAGCAGCUUGAGGGGUAGAAGGUUGAUGCUGGCGUGCUGGCGCGAGGAUGGUCUUGGGCUUGUUCUGCCGACUGACCAACCCAAUCAAUGCGCCGAACCAGCGUGUCGGCGAGACAAAGUGACGUAAGAGCACACUUUGGAUUCGCUUGAAUUUGUAAUUUAAAAUGCAUAGAAACAUAUAGAAACUCAGAGAGGUUCAGGAGUGGCAGCUCAACAGGUGCUUUGCCAGCAUGAAUUCUUCUCUGACAGAACAAGCGCUGAUUCCUUUUUGGUCCUUGU